AUGAAAACAUUAACUUUAUAUUUAAAAAUUACUACAUUCCUUCUUUUAAUUUGGAUGUAUCAAUGUUUUUUUAACUGUGAUUCCUAUAAAACUUUGAUUGAUAAGAAUAUAAUGCAAACAAAAAAUAAGUUAAAAUAUGAAAGAGUGUUAUCAGAGGGUGACAUAGCAGGAAAAAAGCAAACUUACGGUGAAGAUUGCAUAGGAGAAUAUCCAUUAGAUAAUAAAAAAAACAAAUGGGAAAAUUCAGCUAAAUGCGAGAAUCCGUACGAUCAAUGGCAUAAAGUCAUUACUCCAAAAUUGUGGGAGCAAUUUAAUAAAAGAACAAGUGAAAUGGACCCUAAUUGGAGAGACCAAAAAUGGAAUAAUGAAUGGAAUAAUAUUUCCGCUGACAAAGCUAAUGAUCUGUCUUCAAUAUAUCAUCGACAAGAUAUUUCAGAAGAAGAAAAAAAAAAAUUAAUUGAUAAUGUUAAGAUAGAACUCUACAAACUAUUUAUGAAUUUUUUAGACAAAUGUAUGAAAGAGAUGAGAGACAAUAAAACAGAAUCCGAACCUAUGAAAGAUAUAGAGGACAAUAAAACAGAAUCCGAAUCUAAAAAAGAGAUGAUAGACAAUGAAACAGACUCCGAAUCUAAGAAAGAGGUGAGAGACAAUGAAACGGAAUCCGAAUCUAAGAAAGAUAUAAAGGACAAUAAAACAGAAUCCGAAUCUAAGAAAGAAUUGACAGAUAAUAAAACAGAAUCCGAAUCUAAGAAAGAUAUGAGAGACAAUAAAACAGAAUCAGAAUCUAAUAAAGAGAUGAGAGAUAAUAUAACAGAAUCCAAAUCUAAGAAAGAGAUGAUAGACAAUAAAACAGAAUCCGAAUCUAAGAAUGAGAAGGGAAAAAAUAAAAUAAAAAAGAAUAAAUCAAAUAUUUUGAAAUUUCUUUUUAAGAGGUUUGAUAACCAUUAA